GGGGCUCCCACUCAGCUCCCUGGAUGCGCCUCAACCCACAGCCUUCCACCCAGCCCCCGCAAUCCAAAAAGCCUUACCGUCUUUCCCCGUUCUGACAUCCCUCGAAGCCUCCGAUCUCCAUAACGACACUGAAGCAGGUUCUUGUUACUACUAGUAGUAGUUACCAUAUUGUCCUCACCAUGUGGCUCCUUAACUGCUCUACCCACCUCCUCGAACUCAACGAUGUCGACGGAUUGGACUCGAGGCAGUACUGGAUCCUCUCGCACACAUGGGGUCCGGAGGAGGUUUCGUUCCAGGACAUGCAGAAUCUGCAAUUGGCAGCCAAGAAAAGGGGCUUCCAGAAGAUCAAGUCCAUGUGCGACCUCGCGUCCCGGAAUGGACAGAAAUAUGUGUGGAUCGACACGUGCUGCAUCGACAAAACAAGCAGCGCCGAGCUCAGCGAGUCGAUCAACUCCAUGUUCCAUUGGUACCAGAGCGCCGAUCGCUGUAUUGCCUACCUGGAAGACCUCGAGCCGGACCCGGGCCAUGAGACCGGGGAUGGCGAGCAGAUUGACGACGAAAUCGCAGAAGCUUUCCACGGUUGCCGGUGGUUUACGCGCGGCUGGACACUCCAGGAACUGCUGGCUCCCGGAGUGGUUGACUUCUACGACAGGGCGUGGAAUUUCCGAGGAACCAGAAACAAGCUCUCGGGUCCUAUUUCCAGAGUCACGGGAAUCGACAUGGCAGUCCUUAUAGAACCGCGCUCGCUGCAUGCACUCUCGAUAGCCAAGAGGAUGUCCUGGGCAGCGAAUCGGAAGACAACACGACUCGAAGACAAGGCAUACUGCCUCCUGGGCAUCUUCAAUGUCCAUAUGCCGUUGAUAUACGGAGAGAGAGAACAAGCAUUUAUCCGAUUGCAGCAGACCAUAGCCCAGAAGUACAAUGACAUGUCACUCUUCGCCUGGGUAUUCAGCACCUCUUCUAACUCCUCCGGGAUUCUGGCUCGCGACCCAUUGCACUUCGCAGGAUGCUCCUCGGUUGAGCCCGUCCGGGAUCCGUUGCUACCCUCACCCUCCUGGAUCAUCAGCAAUGCCGGCAUCGAGAUGACCACAGCGUUGGAUACGUCUCAUAAGGCCAAGUACAGGCAAUAUAGACGAGCUGGGGGCAGGCUCAGUAACUACGAGAGCCUUUAUGAGAGGCCUUUCAAACAGAGCCGGCCCGGGGUGACACUAUACCCCCGGCUGUUUCUGCAUUGCCGUGUGAGCCAGGACCCGCUCGACGAUGACCCUCGGGAUCCACAGGUCCUUGUCAUCUGCCUUCGGAAAACAGAUUCUGGCUUCUUCCGGCACGCCCCCGGAGAGCUAUACUCGGUCAAGCUGUCCAGCAUGAGGUUCACUGAGCCACAGGCUAUCCGCAUCCAGAUGUCUCCAUGGCAGUCACCGCCGCUUCCUCUGGAUGCUCGUCUCAAUCCCUCACGCAAACACGAGUCCAAUACACUGCGGGUUAGCUGGGGGGUCCACGCUAGUGUCGUUCCCGAGGUUAAAUUCGGAUACACCUACCACCCGGCGCAUCUGUGGGACAGAGGAGACGCUUAUUUCCCUGACGCCAGGAGCGACCUCCUCGAAGACAUCACACUCGCCGCAGUGGAGAUAACCAUGUCAAGCCCGCGGGAUCCCCAGGCCACACAUACAUGUUGGCUCUUCUGCGGCGUCGUGGGGCGUGUCCGUAUACCUUGGGUCGAACUGGCAUGCGAGGGACCCGGCGGGCUCGUACACGUCCUUGGAAAACGUGCAUGCAAGAGGUCUGAGCUUGCCAACCCCUAUUCCCUCAUGAGCGUGGUCGCGGAGCUCCGCGGAAAAUUCAUGGGCGCUUCCCUGGAUCCGGCUUCUCUCAGACACCGUUGCGUCAUCUCCUGCCCUCCUAUACAACUCGAACUGAGUGCGUCAAAGUUCAGCUGGAGCACCGACCCCCGAGGUCGCCGGGCGCUCACCACUACGAUAUUUGUGAAGCUUGAUGCCAGUGCUCUUCCUGGCCCAUCCGGGCCGCCAACCGAGACCUCAUCAAUUGAAAAUGGAAGCGAGCCAGAGACAAGGAUUGGGAAGCACGAUAACCCUCUUCUUUCAUUCGCACGCGGCUUAUUUUCUUAAGCCUUACCGCGCCCGACCUGGCCGCUCGUAUGGAC